CCCUUUCUCUCAACUCCUCGGCUGAGUCCAUUUCUCUCUCUUCCCCCUCUCUCUCUCUCUCAAGCCGUUGCCGUGAGUCCGUUUCUCUCCUUUCUCUCACUGUCACUCUCUCUAUCCUCACCGUCGCGAUUAACAAUUUUGCGAUUGAAAAUUUCCUUGCUCCUCUACUUCUGUGACCCGAGUCUUCUUCCCUCUCAAAUCUGCUAGAAGCUCAACAUUCGCUUUCUCUUCGAGUUCAAGGCCCCGAAUCCACUGUGCCCUUAGAGGCUGGCCAAGAAGGUGCAAUGGGAACUACAGAGACACCGCGAAAAACUGGCCUUCCUCAAAUUGUUAAACGAGAUAAGGGAUUGAAAUUGGCGGAACAAUGGGUUGAUAAUAUGACAAAAGGUGCGGAAGAUGAACAAACAGAAGUAGAAUUACAGGCUCGACCUAAUAGACUUGGAUUGGGUGCAAAAAUUUUGCGUCAGUCCAAAGUUGGACCUUCAAACGACCCACUUGAAAGGAAACUACAUGCCAAGUUAAACAUAGGGAAAAGAAAAGCUGCCAAAAGUGCCAAGGGAUCAUCCACUCCUGCGAGAGAUGGAGGUGAAAAUGAAGAUGACAGUGAAGAGGAUUUAGACAGCAGAACAAGGGCAUUUGACAAGAAGAGAGCAGCUGCUUCUGGAACUGCAUUUUUACAGGCAAAAAAAACUCGGAAAUAAUAAUUUCCAGAUGUCUAUGUCGAAUCUUCUAGGGUUUUUUCUAUUUUGUAUACUGUUUAUUAGGACUUGACUCUACAAAUCAAUUCUGUGUAGAAUACUCACCAGGGAUGCUUUUGCUCGGUGCAUGUCUAGCAAUAUAAUUCUGGAAGCUA